CGUUUAUACAAACCGUUCCCAACUUUCCCAAUGCGAUAUCUGUCUGAAAAUGGAGUCUUCGAUAUGCCGUGUGUGUUUGGAGGACAAGGAGAACAUGCUAAACGUCUUCCAAGCGACACCGGCAUCCGGGAUUUCCGUAGCGCGCAUGAUUUCCCAGUGGAGCGGCUACCCAGUCAAGCCGCAGGAUCCCUUUCCCAAGACCAUUUGCUCAUCCUGUCUGCAGGAUGCGCACAGUGCCUACCAGAUGGACCACGCGCACUGGCCAGAGCACUCGGUGAAAGAGGAGGUAACGGAGGAGGAGAAGCCAGCGAGUGGGGGAGAAGGAGCGAAUCAGCUCGAUAUCCAAGUGAAGGAGGAAACAAUCGAUGACAGUCACUGCGUGCUGGAGCCAAUCGAUGCUUUAUGGAGUUUAGUGGGGGACUCCCACGCUAACCAGGCUCCACCGCACGUGAGGAACGAGCCUCUGGUGGAGAACGAUGAGAAUGCCUGGCCCAACUCCAACUCCAACUGGGAUGGCAGUGCCAGCAAGAGUAGCGCGCAGCAGAAACCCAAUAAGAAUAAUAGCAACAAUGAAAAUAAUAAGAUAAAUAGUAACAAGAAAAGGAAUGAACAUAUUAGGUGCCCUCCAUACCCGCAACGGCUAUCGAGGAAGGGGCUUGAACAGCAUGCGCCCACCCACCAGGAGAGUCGACCAUUUGGGUGUCAUACCGAUGAACGACCUUACAAGUGCUCCCAGUGCUCCAAGUCCUUCAAACACUGCCGCAGUCUUAGGCGCCAUGAGAAAGUACACAAGACGGGAACUGCAGCUGGGGUCAGGAAGCAGAAAUGAGCAGAGGGAUAGAGCCAGGUUGAAGAACGGCCAGGUGGCUAAAAGACUUAUGCAACGUAUUACCAAAGCUUAGAGAUCUCCGGAAUGCGGACACCUUAUAAUGAUUAUAUAUAGUUUUUAUAUACUUUACAUGUUUACUAUAUACAUGUUAACCGUUUGGCAAACGAAUGGAUUUUAAAAUCGUUGACUAUUAUUUAAAAUGUGGUUUUGAUUUAAG